ACCUCUUAUUUUGGUGCCCAUCUACUGUUUGUUGAAAUGUCCUACAGAUUUUCCGAGCCAAAUCUCACGUAUAAUUGCAGGCCACAACUCUGAGGAGUCACCCUCAGAAAAUGGUUUUCUCUAGUGCAAUUAUGCAAGGUCAUGAAUCUAUUGUCGUGUUUCUGAACAAAGUUCUCAGAAUUCUGAUGAGGCCAGACUGGAAAGAAAUGAAGGCAUCAGAUUCGAAAUUCAAUGCAGUAUUUCUGCAGAGAGAAAUUGGACCGCUAUCUGCCAAGGGUCGGACCUCUGGAUGUAUAACUUUAUUGGGCACGACACGGGAAGCAGCUCAGCUUUUACUUUCCCUCUUUGCUGUCCACCAACUGUUGCUGUACAAAUACUGUGAACCAAGUCUAGACAAAAAAAUGACAGGUCGGUUUUACUUUAUUUUUCUCUCUAAUCUUUGCAUUUACUUGGGCCCUGCUGGUUAUUAAUAUUAAACUGAAAUUGGCAUAUUUGUUGGUUGGUUUGUUUGUUUGUUUAGAUAACAAAAUGUAUAUCAAUAGUUUGUUGAAGGAUUAUUUGUAAAAGAAGAUUCGUCAGUGGCUGUCAUAAUUUUUAGGGAAUGAGUAAAUUAAAAGAAGAUAA